CCUCUCUGUACGGCGGCAGUUCUUGCCGAGUAAUCUACAUCGCCACCUCACUCGGUACUUCUUAGCCCCCGUAGCGGCCCCGAGCUGCGCGCCCGCGAGUGAUUGCGAAUCAAGACGAUGCGACCACCCGGAUGUGGCUGUGAAUCGAGCGUUGUCGCGUAGAGUCUACGUGUAGACCAGGAGAAGCCAGCCGUACGAUCUGCCACGAAGAUGACGAGCGAUUGACCUGGACGCGAUAGACAGACGCGCGUGAUUCUUGAUCUGUCCACGUUGAUGGAGCGGACGUAGUGCAACUACGAGAAUACGUGGCGUAGGUUACCUGGACGAGCCCGUGGCCAACGACCGGGACGCGAUGGUUGUGCUCGAGCUCGAGACCGUUUACGCGCAGGUCGCCCCCCAUACGAAGCUCCUCAACAAGCGCUUCGUCGGGGCCCACAAUUGGCUCGGGCCCCUCAAGGAGGCGCUCGUCGCUAGGCUCGCAGCCGACAAGCAACUGUUCCGGAGCCAGGCCCAGGGUGCGACACCCCAACAGCUCCAGCUACUCCAGCAGCAGCAACAACAGCAGCAGCAGCAGCAGCAGUACCUCGCGGCCUCGCAAGCUCAGCAACAACAGCAACAGGCGGCUCAACAGCAGCAGAACUUCCCGGCGACGCCGUACACGGUAAUCGGAGGCCAGGAGCCCUACGUCAGCCUGAUAACCGGAGCGCCGCCCGUCGUGCCCCCGUACUACGGGCCCUGGGUCUAUCCAGCCGGGCUCUUGCCCCAGGCUCCGCCUCAGGCAGCAGCCCCACCACCCACCAGGCGGCCACUCACGCCCUCGUCGGCAGCUGCCGCGGCCGUAGCCCAGGAUACCGCCAACAAUCUUGCGCAAACGGUUCAAGGCCAGUACCAGGUGAUUCCAGCUUACUAUGAUCAGAAUGGCUCGAUCGUCAUGGGAGGAGUGCGGGGUCUCGGUUCCGCGGCCACGCCGAUGCGUCUGGUAAGUCCAGCCCAGGUCCUGGUGAACCGAGCGCCCUCGCAGCCUCCACCCGGGCCCCAGGCGCCGCCACCUCCUAGCCUCUACAGCCAGGCGACCCCGACGUCCCACAGCAACGCCACCCCCGGCGAGUGCCUAGGUUUGGCGGCAUGCAGUGCUGCAGCCGUGGUUGCCCAAGCCCAGGCGGUAGCUGUGCAACAGGCCCAGCAGCAGGGCUCAGGACUGGCCGCAGGCUUAGCAGCCCUGGGCUAUGGCGGCUCACCCCUCGGGGCCCUUGGCUCGCCGGCUCAACUGCAGAGCACAGGUUUGGGUCUUGGAGCAUCGUCCACUGGUAGGAGGGAUUCAUUCGAUAGAAACACAUCUGCAUUUAGUCCCAGCUUAGAAUACAACAGAGGAAAAUGGCCGCAGAGCUACGGCGCUCUUGGUGUGUGUGACGCAGGCACGGUGACGGCCUCCCCGAGUCCCCUGGGUCUCUCCUUGACACCGCCGCCCUCCAUCGGCGGCUCCCUCGGCGGCCUCGUCGGCGGUGCGAAUCGCGUCUCGGCUGCUCCCGGGGCCGAGGCUAAGUUCCGCACCAGCGCCGUGCCCGCCCUCACGACCAACGGCGUCUUCGGUUCGAGCAGCUCCCUCUUCCCGAAUCUCGUGGGUAAGCCCGGACGGGGUGCUACCACGGGCGUCGGCGGCGACAAGAGCACCGGUGGUAGAUCCCGCCUCCUCGAGGACUUUAGGAACAACAGAUUCCCAAGCCUUCAACUUCGUGACUUGGCUAAUCACAUAGUGGAGUUUAGCCAGGAUCAGCACGGAUCCCGUUUCAUUCAGCAAAAACUGGAACGAGCUUCGGCCAACGAGAAGCAACUCGUGUUCCAGGAGAUUCUUGCUUCCGCUUACUCUCUCAUGACCGACGUCUUUGGGAAUUAUGUCAUUCAAAAGUUUUUCGAAUUCGGUACACCCGAACAGAAGUCGACUCUGGCACAAAAGGUGCGCGGGCACGUGUUGCCGCUGGCCUUGCAAAUGUACGGCUGCCGAGUGAUUCAAAAGGCCCUGGAGUCAAUUGGGCCGGAGCAGCAGCAGGAAAUCGUGCGCGAGCUCGACGGCCACGUUCUCAAGUGCGUGAAGGAUCAGAACGGAAAUCACGUGGUGCAGAAGUGCAUCGAGUGCGUAGAGCCGCGUGCGCUACAGUUUGUCAUCGGAGCCUUCGCAGGACAGGUGCACUCGCUCAGCACCCACCCGUACGGCUGCCGAGUCAUUCAGCGCAUCCUCGAGCACUGCACGCCCGAGCAGACGCAGGGCAUCCUCCAGGAGCUUCACGCGGCGACCGACCAGCUUAUACAAGACCAAUACGGCAACUACGUCAUACAGCACGUGCUCGAGCACGGCAAGCCCGAGGACAAGGCCCAGCUCAUAAACAGCGUGCGUGGAAAAGUCCUGACCCUGUCGCAGCACAAAUUCGCCAGCAACGUCGUCGAGAAGUGCGUGACUCAUGCCACCAGACAGGAAAGAGCCGUGCUGAUCGAGGAGGUCUGCGGUUUCAACGACAGUUCGUUAAACAUAAUGAUGAAGGACCAAUACGCCAAUUACGUCGUGCAAAAGAUGAUAGACGUGGCCGAGCCAGCCCAGCGCAAGAUCCUCAUGCACAAGAUUCGGCCGUAUCUCGCGAGCCUGCGUAAGUACACUUACGGCAAGCACAUCAUCGUCAAGCUCGAGAAGUUUUUCAUGAAGACUGCGAACGCUAUGGGAGUGGGUGCCGCCAGUACCGGUGUCUCAGCCGGGGCGAGCGACCUCGGGCCCAUUGGACCGCCCGCCUCGACCGCGGGAUCCGUCACAACCUCGUCCCAACAAUCGACACAGGUUUUAUAAAGAAAAACAGGCAUUAGACGACUGACUGUAAUUGAUCAGUCGAUCGCUCCGGGCGCGAACCAAGAUCAAUGAUUAAUACGUCUGUACGAGUGGAGCAACCUGUCGUUGUGCUGGCGCCUCGAUUCACGAUCAUUCACGAUAUUUUAUGUACGACAAGUUUAUAAUGGCAAGCGGGCGCAUAAGAUUGAUGUCGCAGACGCCGUUUGUGCUGAGCUUUUUUCCUUGACCUCGUGUUAGCGCGAGCUCCGGUUAGUCUGGUUAUGUCAAAGGUGUCGGCGCGAG